CAGUAGCUUCUUCAGAUUUUACAUUUUGAGUGAUAUAUAAUUGUUAUUUAUACCUAUACUUAAUUAAAGAGUGGAAUAACUGCCAUUUAAUUUCGAUUUAAAUGAUUUUCUAAUUCAGAUUCUAAGUCUAAGACCGAGACAAUCCAAUAUAUGUAAACAUUAACUGUAACAAUCGAAAAAGAGUAAAAAGCUGUAUUUAUUUAAUUUAUUUGAUAAUUAGAAAAUAUUUUUUGUUACAUUAAGUAAUUUCUAAUAUUUCAGAAAUAUUCAAGCCUAUGAUUUUGUACACUAUACCUUCGGAAUUGAGGUUAGAAACGUCAUGUUUUCAAAUUUCAAAAAAGCUUUUUGAGGGUUUUUUGCACUGCACGAUGAAACGAACAAAUGAAUGAAAUUUGAAAAAAAAAUUUGAAUGAUUUCAGAAGAGUUCAACAUUAUUUAAGCUUGAUCCAAGUUCCGAUCCCGAAUGUAGGGAUAAUAAGCCUAACGACUAUAAAGUUCGAUAAUUAAACAGAAUUGCUACUUACGCUUGUCCAUCAUGGAAGAAAACAAACAGUAAGGAUCGUCCUUCUCCCACCACUACCUCAAUCGUUCAUCCCCUCUACUCCGAAAGACUUAAGCCGCUCCACCAACUUAACUAUACCGAAAAACAGACGAUGCUCUCUACGACUAAACAUUGAUCGAGAAACUGAGCUAAGUUUUCUGCGUGCCUUCGUUAUUGUGUGUAGUUCUAUUUUGAUAGUGGUUGAUAAACACUUGAAACCGAUAAUAAUGGCCGCUAACACCAAGACCGAUUAUCAACGUUCCUACGAUGUUAUAGAAAGCCAGUAUAGCGAAGAACAUUCCGGCCAAUAUAGUCCUGCCUCAUCACACCAGGGAGUGGCCACGACGCAGGCUUCCCCCCACUCGGAAAGCGUCACGCCCACCCCUAUUACCGAAUGCCUGACCUAUGGAGGCGCCACGGAACAUCACGAUGCGGAUGUUGUGGGCUAUUCUACCGUCAUGCGCGUAGCUGCAGACGACGGAGGGGGCGGGCAUUACCUGCUCUACAAUACAGCGGCCGGCAGAUUGGAUGAGGUGAGUCGAUUAGGAUCUCUGAUCUACGAUUUAUCUCCCGGGAGGGGGUACGAGAGGAUGGAGCCCCGCGCGAUGAGUUUAACGCUGAUGGAGGGGUUUAUCGAAUCGGCUAGCCAACCCUAUUUGGUUGGCAUAGAUGAGUCCCCCACCACAGAAUAUCUACAACUGGACAACACGCACAAUGGUGUAUCAAACGGAUCUCCAAAUGGAAGUAUAGCAUCGGGAUCUGGUUCUCCGAGGAGGAAUGAAUUCAAAUUUACUAACUUGAAUGCGAUACAUGGAACUGACGAACCUACAGCAAACCUCACACAACUGACCAACCACAUAAGCUAUACAGGGGGAAUAGAGGCACAGACACUCAAUCUUGCAAGUUCGAUGUACCCGAGGAAUUCCUCUUAUUCUACAACGCCAAUGUCAUAUUAUCAAACGAAUUCACCGGAUCUCAGUUCUCAAAGCCAACUAUGGACAAACACAGUGCCUCCAGAUAAUUCCUACAUGCCAAUCUUAAAUUCGAGCGAGCAAAGUCAGUACUUACUGUCUUCAAGUUAUCCCUGUACGUCAGAUACUAGCGAGCGAAGUAUGAAUUCAGAGUCCUCAAGUUAUCCCUGUACAAACACGUCAAGUAGAAGUGAACAAAGUGUGAACUUUGGGUAUCCAAGUUAUCCCCAUACGCACACUUCAUCCUCAAGUAGAGGUGAACGAAGUAUGAACUUAGGGUAUCCGAGUAAUCUCCAUACGCACACGCCAUCCUCAAGUAGAGGUGAACGAAGUAUGAACUUAGGGUAUCCGAGUAAUCUCCAUACGCAUUCGCCACCGACAAGAAGAGGCAAAAGAAGUAAGAAGUCAGGAUCUUCAAGUUAUCUUAAUAUGCACACGCCACCAACAAGUAGAAGAAAACGAAGUAAGAACUUAGAGAUUCCAAGUUUUCCCUAUACGCCACCGUCCAGUUCCAGCGAACGAAGUGUGAACUCCCCCAGUGAUAGCUAUACAGAAACGUCGCCUUCUAAUACCAGCAAGCAAGAUACGUCAGAAGAUGAUGCGGCUAUUGUUAAUAUAGUGUAUGACAUGGAACAAGAUCAAAAAACGGAAAGCUUGAAGCAACAAGAUUCACAAACAUAUAACAGAGUGCCACCAGGUUCCAGCGGGCAAAAUAUAAACUUAGGACCUCCAGGAUAUCCCUACACACCACCCUCAGAAUCCAGCGAGAGAUAUACGAACUUAGGGUUUUCAGAUUCUCCCUAUACGCCACCGUCGCAUACUAGUGAUCAAAACAUGUACACGCCACCUUUAGAAAGCAAUGAACUGUCGACUUUAAAUUCUUCAAGUUAUGCUCAGACGUACACGCCAACGUCAAGAAUUAGUGAACAAAGUAUGAACUCGAGUUCAAGUACUUAUACGUACACGCCACCGUCUAGAACAAGGGAACAGAAUAUGAACUUAGACUCUUCAAAUUAUCCCUAUACGUAUACGCCACCUUCAGAUACCACAGAGCAAAAUGUGCCUUGCGAUGAAGACUUAUUAAUGAAAUUAUUGUAUGACAUGGAAGAAGAAGGAAAACUGAAGAACGUGAAGCAAGAAGUGAAACUGGAGAAUGUGAAGCAAGAAGAUACAACAUGUGGUGGAAGUGGAGGAAUAAGUACAGCUACAACUCUGUCAUUGAAUGAUUCUGGCCAAUCAGCUGGCGGUAGCACUUUACCUGGUUUCAACAAGUUUUCCAAUUCGUAUCACACUCCCAAUCACAGCCAUAGGAAUUCGUAUUCGUUACCCACAUCUACAAGUUAUUACGAGCAGUAUUCGGAACCCAACACUGGUAUUCCUUCCUAUCUGAUGAAUCCCGCGAAUACUGGAAGAGGUAGACUCACUUCUGCAUCAGCAUCUUUGUCAGCAAUCGACGCCCGUACAGCCGAGUAUUUCACCGAGGGCAGGGAAUGCGUGAAUUGCGGUGCAAUUGACACACCCCUCUGGAGAAGAGAUGGUACAGGGCAUUACUUGUGCAAUGCUUGUGGUUUGUACCACAAGAUGAAUGGGAUGAACCGGCCUCUCGUCAAGCAGCCUCGCAGACUGUCGGCCUCUAGAAGAGUUGGACUAACAUGUACGAACUGCAGAACAAGCACCACCUCCUUGUGGAGAAGAAAUACAUGCGGUGAACCCGUCUGCAAUGCUUGUGGAUUAUAUUUCAAAUUGCACGGUAUUGAUAGGCCUUUAGCGAUGAAAAAGGAUAGCAUUCAAACCAGAAAAAGAAAACCUAAGGGAAGUAAAGGACAAUCUUCUACUUCUACCAGAUCUGGACUAACGGGUGCUAUAACUUCUCAGCUGACAUCUGUGAAAAUGCCUUCUGUGCCUCAGAUUAAAUUGGAACAAAAUAUGACCUCCAUCAAAUUGGAGCAUGGUUUAGAUUACUCCGAUAUCAGGACAGUGUCCGGCCUAAGCCAUCUUCCACACGUACAGGGCUCUUCGUACGUGUAUCCACCACCUCACUCCCCUUACACUACCCAGAACUCACCACAGCUCAAUAACAACGACUACUACAGCGGUUUGCUGCACCAAUCGACUCCAAGUCCACAAUCAGAGAACCACUCUCCAAGUCCCAACUCGCAGCACAUAGUAAUGAACAAUAACAAUAAUAACAAUAACAACAGGAAAAUCAUCGUGGAAUCUGAUCCGGAAAGGCCCACAGUCGUCUCCAUGUCGCCGCCUGAUGUGUAACCCUUUACACAACCCGGUAUAUUUCGCAGACGUAUUUGUACGUAUUACCAACGGAAAGAUCGGAAAACGAACCCACAACCUACGUUUUCGCUAGUCAUUACCGAAGGAGCUACUUACCUUGAAGAAGCAACGUUACCCCUAACAGAACCCUGCGGAACCCCCCUGGAAUCUCGCUUAUGCGAUCUUACAGGAGCGUUUCGUUUUCGGAGCUUCGAACUCCGUUCAAGGCCAGACCUUUAUCUCAACCGUUGUGAAGAAAAUCGAAUUUUUUUGGUUUGAAUGCUUCUGAUGGUCGCGGGAAGUUUAUAUAUACUUAUUCGAAUUUGACGUUGAAAUUGUAAUUAGUAGGUGUGAAUAUCCAUGACUUAAAUUAUUCUCCGAUAUUCUUCUAAUGAUGAACAAUUUAUAUUUCUAAGAGAGUAUCCAAUUAUUUUACAGUAAUUUUCAGUUCAUUUAAUUAUAUUGACUCAGAGGGAAUCUAUUUAAUGAGAUUAUGAUGUGUACGUUUAGUAGUAGUUGGGCGAUGUUUCUACUUUGAAAAGUUUCCGUUAACUUGCUGUUUCACGAUGAUUAUUUGGAUUCUUACAUCACUUUUAACUUCACACGUUUUUCUACCUUACCAAAGGUAAAAUUGGUCUCGAAACGUUUUGAAAUGAUUUUGUGAUAUAUAUUUUUAUGUCUCCGGAAAUUUUUGUCUUCAACUGGAAUCUCUGCAUAAAUCUCAUUUUGUUUGUUGUAUUGUAAUUUAAUAGGUUUAUAAUUUUUAUCUCUUUUGUAUAUAAUUAUGAAAGUAUAUUUUUAUUUUUAUUAUUGUACAUAUAUGUUCGAAUAACUCAAAUCACUUAAUUUCCUGUGUAUUGAUAAAUGACAUAAAUUCUUUACUCAUGACAUUUUUCAUCAACCAAAGACGUGAGUUGUGUUAUCUCUUUAAAAAAACGUAUUUUGUUAAUUUGUAAAUAUCACUUUAUUAGACGAAACACGUUUUUUCGACUGAUUUACUACCUACUCCCACUUUUAGGUUAGGGGAGACGCAACAGUUCAUUCUGUGGGUCUUGAAAGAGUGUAAAAUCUAAUCAAAUCGAAUAUUUCUUCUUAAAAAGUUCAAGUCUUGAAAUUGUUCAACUUGGAAAUUGAUAAUUGAUACCUAUUUUCAAUGAUAUCUUAUUGUAUAUACUAUUUAAAUAUUAUUGAAGAAUCAUGUUUGUUGAAAUUUGUAUCUUUAUUUACUCUUAGUUGUAUUUCACAAUAAAAUUAUGAAAUUAUA